AAUAUAUAAGAAGGCUUUGAAUAAAGCAUUGCAAAACAAGUCAAGAUCUCAGAAACUAAUCGAUUUACUUCAAGGCUUUGCUGAAGAUGGAGAUAACGACGAUAGUUCAGAUUCAGAUAAAGGUCAAGAAAGUGACGAUGAC